AACGGCAGUGAUCUUCGUCUCGUACGUACUUAUCUGCAACUGGCGUUAUCUGAUUGUCGUCUAGAUUUUCUCAUGUCGGAGAGCAACCAGCUUGACACAUUUGCCGAUUUUGACAUGUUAAAGGAGAAUCUCGUCGAUGAACUCUUGGCCCACAUUGAAAGCAUGGAAGAGAAACCAACUAGAAUCAGUAUAUAA